UAGCGAUAACGAAAGGGGACGAGCAAGUAGUGGGGCCAGUAAAAGUAGAAGUGCUAACAGUUCAAGCACCAGCAGUUCAAGCACCAGCAAAAUUGCCUGGUUAUAAACAAUAUUUUGGCGCAAUUGAGAAGAUAUUGCAGCAAUAUCAUAAGACGCAGAAACGUACUGCAAUGAUAAAUGCCAGUCCAACAUUAAAGACACUCAAUCAUGCCAGAAUAAAUAAAAAUACAAGGGUAAAUGAG